UAGUGUAUGCGCUGGCGCGGGAGGGCGUUGCAGUCUCCGGGGGCGCUGGGGAGUCAUUGUCGGCCAUGACAGAGAGUGUGCGUGUUCCAGCGUUACGUGUGCUUUACAUCCCUUUGUGUGUCCAGAGAGUGUUUUAUUAGUGUAAUCACAACACUACAAGUGGCGACGAGGAUAAAAGCUGCCCCAAAAUGACUCAUGCAUCAUCUACACUUCCUAACUUGCAACAUUUUGAUUGCGAAGGCGAUCCAACAUCUAUCGGCACUCGCUGGGAAAAAUGGAAAAGAGCAUUCGAAAUUUACUUACUGGCUGCCAACAUCGAGACUCCUGUAAAAAAACGGGCUACUCUACUCCAUGUGGGGGGUAUAGCACUCCAGGAAGUUUAUUAUAACAUACCCGGCGCUCACGUUGAAGAAGAAGGUGUCGAUGUUUAUGAAGUAGCUCUAAAGAAAUUGGACAGUCACUUUGCUCCAAAACAAAGUCGGAUUUACGAAAGGUAUCUCUUUAGACUCAUGAAACAGGAAGAAGAAGAACAAUUCGAACGAUUUUUAUUAAGGUUAAGAACUCAAGCCGAAAAAUGUCAAUUCUAUGACAAAGAGCAGCAUAUUAUUGACCAAAUCACUGAAAAGUGCAGACAAGUCGAAUUGAGGAAAAAAAUUUUAGAAGGUGGAGAUACAAUUACUCUAGACGAAAUCAUCAGUAAAGCAAAUGCAUUAGAAGUUGUAGCCAGACAAUUGGAUAAAUUUAAAAUGGUAAAGACAAAUGAUACGAACAAUUUCAACAAAGCAGAAAUAAAUAAAAUCGAUAACAAGAAAAAAUAUAACAAACCGUUCCCAAGACAAUUCUCGAACACUAAAUGUAGUAGAUGUGGAAGCCCCUCCCACUCAUCCGAAGACAUAAAAUGCCCAGCAAAAGACAAACGAUGUUUGAAGUGUGGCUUCAUUGGUCAUUUCCGGGAAAAUUGUAGAACUCGACAGAAAAGACAGUUUUCGGGCAACAGGACGGAAACCGUAAAUAAAAAACCAAAAAUAGAAACAAAAAAAGGUGCCUUUAGAUCUGAAAUUGACUACAUUUUCAAUCUGGGUGAAAACGGAGAUAAAAAGGAUGAGACCGGUGAAGUACGAAAGGAAAAGACAGAAGAGUCCCGAAUAGAUUAUAUUUUCCACCUGGAUGAUGACGAAACUAUAAAGUGCAGUAUUGGGGGAGUUACCAUUGACAUUUUGAUCGAUUCGGGAAGUAAAUGCAACGUAAUUACUGAUAAAACAUGGCAGCUUCUAAAAGACAAUAGAGUGAAAAUUUCUAAUCAAAUACGCAAACCUAAUAAGACACUUGUUUCUUACGGCAGUAAAGAACCUUUGGAUAUAAUGGGCUCCUUUGACGCGAACAUUUCAGUCAUUGCUAAUAAGUGUAUAAAAGGUACCAUCUAUGUUAUCAGAAACGGCACACGUGAUUUAUUAGGCAAGGAGACAGCAAUUCAGUUAGGCGUGCUAAAAAUUGGGCUUCAAAUUAACUCAAUAAGUAAUGAGAAACCAUCAGAUAAAGUGUUUCCAAAGUUCAAAGGAGUAACGGUCCAAAUCCCAAUAGACCAAACAGUUAAACCAGUUAUCCAGCCAUAUCGAAGAGUCCCCAUUCCUUUAGAAGAAAAGGUUACCAAAAAAUUAAAGGAACUUAAAGAUGCGGAUAUCAUUGAGGAAGUAAAUGAACCCUCACCGUGGGUAUCACCCAUGGUUCCCGUUCUUAAAGAAGGACAAGAAGAGGUACGUAUUUGCUUAGAUAUGAGAAGAGCUAACGAAGCAAUUAUAAGAGAAAAUCACCCCCUUCCAACAAUGAAGGAAUUGCUACCUAACUUUCGUCAAGCGAAAUACUUUUCUAAACUUGACAUAAAAAAUGCCUUUCAUCAACUCGAAAUUCAUGAAGAUUGUAGGUACAUUACUACAUUUAGUACUAGCAAAGGACUAUAUAGAUAUAAGAGACUAAUGUUCGGAAUUUCUUGUGCGCCAGAGAUGUUCCAAAAAAUUUUAGAAAAGAUGUUGUUAGGCUGUGAAGGGACAUUCAAUUUUAUAGACGACAUAAUUGUACACGGUGCCACAGAAAAAGAACAUGACGCAAGGUUAAGUAAGGUGUUACAAGUUUUGAAAGAAAACAACGUUCUGCUAAAUGAAAACAAAUGCAUUUAUAAAACUCAAACAAUUGAAUUUCUCAGUCAUGAACUUUCAGCUAGUGGAAUUAGGCCACUUGAAAAAUAUUUGACAGCAAUUAAAACUAGUAGAAUACCAAAUACUAUUGAAGAAAUUCAAAGUUUUUUGGGCUUGGUUAAUUUUGUAAGUAAAUGGAUUCCCAACUUAGCUACCCUUACUGAACCUUUGCGCGAACUGUUACGGUUAGGCAUUGGAAAGUCAGCAAAUGUUCAGAAAUUCUGGACACCUAAGCAGGAUGAGGCAUUUGAAGCUUUAAAGAAAAGCAUAUCCAAUAUUGAAACUUUAGGCUACUAUAGUCCUUCUGAUAAAACCCAGGUUAUCGCUGAUGCCUCUCCUGUAGGGUUAGGUGCAGUGUUGGUUCAGAUUGGUAAAGAUGGUCCCCGUGUGAUCGCUUUUGGUCACAAGGCUCUCACUGACUGUGAAAAGAGAUAUUGUCAAACAGAAAAAGAAGCCUUGGCGCUCGUUUGGGCAGUAGAACACUUUAAGAUAUACCUGUUUGGCAAAGACUUUGAACUAAUAAGCGAUCACAAACCAUUGGAAACCAUUUUUGGACGAACUUCUAAACCAUGCGCAAGAAUAGAACGGUGGGUACUUCGGUUACAGGCUUACAGGUACAAAGUCAUCUACCGUCCAGGUAAAUCCAACAUAGCUGACACAAUUUCCAGACUUGGCAAAAUUUCCUCGUCAGAACCAUUUGAUCCUGAAAAUUACAUUAACCAAAUCGUAAGUUACAGUAGACCUAUCGCGGUUCCAUUGAACGAAAUUGAAGGAUGUUCUGCUGGAGACGAGGAAAUUUUGAAAGUCAAAGAGGGUAUUUUUAAUAAUGACUGGCACGAUUCCAUUAACAACUUUAAAAUUAUACAAAAUGAACUUUGUUUUAGUGGAGAUAUCCUUCUUCGGGGAACUAGGAUAGUUAUACCUCAUCUUCUGCGGCAACGAGUACUGGAAGCAGCUCAUGAAGGCCAUCCAGGCAUAGUAGCAAUGAAAGCUCGCCUCAGAACAAAGGUGUGGUGGCCUAGGAUUGACAAAGAUGCUGAACGAUUAGUAAAAGCUUGCCGAGGAUGUACGCUUGUAUCAAAUCCUACUCCGCCACAUCCAAUGAAGAGACGAGCACUUCCCGCUGAACCUUGGGUUGACAUAGCGAUGGACUUCUUGGGGCCGCUUCCUAGUCACGAUUACCUGUUGAUACUUGUUGAUUACUAUAGUAGAUAUAAAGAAAUCAAAGUAAUGCGCAGUAUUACUUCUCUUGAUACGAUAAAGGUGUUAAAAGAAAUAUUCUCCAGAUUAGGUUAUCCAGCAACCUUGACGUGUGAUAAUGGAACUCAGAUGACUGGCGAGGUUUUCCGGAAAUAUUGUAAGGAAUGUGGAAUCAUCCUAUAUAAUACAGUUCCGUAUUGGCCUCAAAUGAACGGGGAAGUCGAGAGGCAAAAUCGAGACGUUUUAAAACGUCUAAAAAUUUGCCAAGCUGAAAACAAGGAUUGGAAAGAGGACAUUUUCAGUUAUUUAAUGAUGUAUAACAGUACGCCUCACUCUGUUACAGGCAAAUCUCCCUCGGAGUUAUUUUAUAAAAGACAGUUUAGAGACAAGAUCCCAGCAGCACCAGAUAUGGAGUAUAAGGCAAUAGAUGAAGAGGUAAGAGAUAGGGACCUGCAAAAGAAGGAAAAAGGGAAAGAGUAUGCAGAUCUCAAAAGGAAAGCGACAGAUAGCAACUUAGAAAUAGGAGAAAAAGUAUUAGUGAAAAAUUUGAUCAAAGAUAAUAAGUUAACCUCCAAUUUCAAUCCCACUACGCAUACAGUUACGGAUGUGAGUGGUGGUGAUGUAAAUAUUAGGAAUGAUGAAACCGGAAAAGAAUAUCGGCGAAAUAUAGUCCAUUUAAAGAAAUUAAAUGAUUCAUGGACGGUUGUGAACCAGAGUAGCAGUUAGUUAACUAUGAUUAGGUUGAUUAGGUGUGAUUGGAUUUUGUACAAAAGUAAAUUGUGUUAAAUUGUUAAUUGGGAAUUGUAUUGAAUGUUGUUAAAAGGAAGUAAAACCAAAAUUGUUUUGUUAAAUUUAAAACCAUAAUUGUUUUGUCUAAUUUUGCCUACUGUAACCUACUGUAAUUUCAAAUUAUUUCAUAUAAUAAAAAUAAAGAAGGGAUGUAGUGUAUGCGCUGGCGCGGGAGGGCGUUGCAGUCUCCGGGGGCGCUGGGGAGUCAUUGUCGGCCAUGACAGAGAGUGUGCGUGUUCCAGCGUUACGUGUGCUUUACAUCCCUUUGUGUGUCC